AGUCGUUUUAUGUAGCUGUUUCGCUCAGACAGGAUGCAAACCUGCGUGAAAGAAAAACUGGAAACAAAAAACAAACAAAUAAUAGUCUAUAUACAGUAAAGUUGGUAUUUAAAAAAAACAUUGACGACGACAGCCUCGUGCGGCCGCCGCGGUCACUGCAGCUCGUUUGAGAUUUUAGCAGGAAAAGACGAGCGAGAGAGAGAGAGAACGAGAACGGAGGUCUACACCGCAGUCCCAAGGACAUGCUGCUUCCCUCCUUCAUUUAUUCCCUAAAAACCCGCUCGUGCUCUUCCAUUUUCAGGAUACCCUGGGAACAGUGAGCAGCCCAUGAAGAUUUUCAAAAUAAUCCAGAAGAUUUGUGUUUCCUAAGGCGAUCUGAGUAUAAUGAAAAUGAUUCCGGUCACAGAAUUCCGUCAGUUCACGGAACAGCAGCCGGCAUUCCGAGUCCUAAAACCAUGGUGGGAUGUCUUCGCCGAAUAUCUCUCCGUGGUCAUGCUCAUGAUUGGUGUGUUUGGUUGCACGCUGCAGGUAAUGCAGGACAAAAUCAUAUGUCUUCCUCAAAGGGUGUAUGCCCCAAACCAAACAGUGCCUUCACUGAACCAGACGGAGCUCACAAGGGAUCCGAACAAUUCCUCUGUUCCACCUAUCUCCCCGGUGCCUGUAUCCUAUGAGAUGAAGGGACUCAAAACCAACUUGGAUCUGCAACAGUACAGCUUUGUUAACCAACUGUGCUAUGAAAAAGCUCUGCAUUGGUAUGCCAAGUAUUUUCCUUACCUGGUGCUCAUACAUACCCUUGUAUUCAUGGUGUGCAGUAAUUUCUGGUUCAAGUUCCCUGGCUCAAGCUCAAAAAUUGAACACUUCAUCUCCAUAUUGGGCAAAUGUUUUGAUUCUCCAUGGACUACGAGGGCUCUGUCCGAGGUGUCAGGAGAGAGUCCGGAGGAGAAAGACCACAAAAAGAACAGUGCCAGUAGAUCAAACCUUAAUACCUCCACCGGGGAGGGUAAUCUGGAGAAAACCCAGUCGCUGAGAUCUAUUCCUGAAAGGAUUGUAGUGGACAAACCAACAGCGAGUGCACUUGACAAGAAGGAAGGAGAGCAAGCCAAAGCGUUGUUUGAGAAGGUAAAAAAGUUCCGACUUCACGUGGAGGAAGGCGAUUUAUUGUAUCUCAUGUAUGUUCGUCAGACUGUUAUUAAAGUGAUCAAGUUUGUUCUUAUUGUUGCCUACAACAGUGUUCUGGUGUCAAAAGUUAGAAUUACAGUUCAGUGUGAAGCAGAUGUAGAGAAUAUGACUGGCUACAGAAAAUUUUUGUGCAAUCACACCAUGGCCCAUCUUUUCUCCAAGCUCUGCUACUGCUAUUUGUGUUUUGUAAUCGUUUAUGGAUUAACGUGCCUUUAUACAUCAUACUGGCUUUUCUACCGUUCCCUGAAAGAGUACUCUUUUGAAUACGUGCGGCAGGAGACUGGAAUUGAUGACAUCCCGGAUGUGAAAAAUGAUUUUGCUUUCAUGUUGCACAUGAUUGACCAAUAUGAUCCACUGUAUUCCAAGAGGUUUGCAGUGUUUCUGUCUGAGGUGAGUGAAAACAAGCUAAAACAACUCAAUCUGAACCAUGAGUGGACCGUAGAUAAACUUCGCCAAAAGCUACAGACCAAUGCCAGCGACCGACUGGAGCUUCAACUCUUCAUGCUCGCAGGGCUUCCAGAUACGGUCUUCGAGGUCACCGAGCUGCAAUCCUUGAAAUUGGAGAUUAUUAAUAAUGUCACCAUCCCUGCAGCCAUUUCUCAGCUGGAAGAUCUUCAGGAGCUUUCUCUGCACCAGUGCAUCCUCAAAAUCCACACAGGGGCCCUCGCUUUCCUGAAGGAAAACCUUAAGGUUCUGCGUGUGAAGUUUGAUGACCACCGUGAGCUUCCUCUGUGGCUCUACAGUCUGCGAAACAUGGAGGAACUUCAACUAAUUGGAUCUCUGAGUCCAGAUGCGUCAAAGAACAUAACCCUGGACUCUCUACGUGACCUCAAGUCCCUUAAGACCUUGACACUCAAAAGCAACCUUACGAAGAUCCCCCAGUCAGUCGUGGACGUGUCCAGCCACCUGCAGCGUCUGUAUGUGCAAAACGAUGGCACCAAGCUGGUCAUGCUGAACAACCUGAAAAAAAUGGUGCAUCUUAUGGAGCUUGAGCUGGUUCAUUGUGACCUUGAACGCAUUCCACAUGCCAUCUUCAGUCUGACCCAGCUACAGGAGCUGGACCUUAAAGAGAACAGCUUGCGCUCUGUUGAGGAGAUCAUCAGUUUCCAGCACCUCCGGAAACUCACAUGCCUAAAGCUGUGGCACAAUGCCAUCACUCACAUCCCUGAGCAUAUCAAGAAACUGGGCAGUCUGGAGCGUCUCUAUUUUAGCCACAAUAAGAUUGAGAUUUUGCCUUCACACCUGUUUCUGUGCAACAAGCUACGCCAUCUUGACCUUUCCUACAAUGAUAUCAGCUUCAUUCCUCCAGAAGUAGGUGUUCUCCAGAGCCUUCAGUACUUCUCCCUCUCUAGCAACAAAAUCGAGAACCUCCCAGAUGAACUUUUCUUCUGCAAGAAGCUGAAGACCCUCAAGCUCGGGAGGAACAUGCUCUCAGUGCUCUCACCAAAGAUUUCCUACCUGGCUUCACUGACUUAUUUAGAGUUAAAGGGCAAUCAUUUUGAAGUUUUGCCAGCUGAGCUUGGCUGCUGUCAAGCCUUGAAGCGCAGUGGCCUUGUGGUAGAAGACACCCUGUUUGACACACUGCCUUCAGAAGUCAGGGAUACCAUGAAAGCUGAGUGAUGUUUCUUAGAUUUGAUAAAAUUCUGCAAAUGUUAAAAAAAAAAGGCAGCAUUACGAAUUCUUUUUAACUGAACUUGUAUCCCACUCCCGCACUCAAUAUUUUGACGUUUACGGGUGAGUACCUGCUUUUCAUUGCUUAGAUAUGUGAAAACAAAUAUUAUAAACUAAAGGAAGUUUCAAGUAGAAUUUAGUAUUGUAUUGUACCUCAAAGUUGAUGUUGUUUCAAGGAUUUAAGAAAAUGUUAUAUUAGAUCAUUCUUUUAUAUAAGCACCUUUAUUAUAUGGAAUUCUCUACCGUAUCAAAGAAUAGAGAUUAGCUUCAGUGUUAACGUGUAUUUGAAGAUGGUCAUUGCAUUGCAUGUAUUACAUUACUAAUAAUGGUAAAGAUUUCAUUAUCUAUUUGAAGAUUUUAUAAAACAAGUACUGAACCAUGUUAGCCUGCCAAACUGUAGUAUUUUGCCUUUGUAAAGACCAAAUGACCUUUGCAGCCUCUUUUAAGACUGCUGGCAGGGGUGAAAGACUGAGAAAAGACUUAUCUCAUGUAGUGGUUAUUUACCAUAUUUCUGUCCCUCCAGGAUUUUGGAGAUUUUUCUGAUUGCAGAAAUUAACGCAAAUUCCACAAUAUUCAGGCGAGCAUGCAAUUUUUCAAAAUUACUGCAGAUUUUGUGCCGAUUUGGGCCAAGACACGUCAUGUGACAUCAUCACAAAACGCAUUCACCCAAAGCCCUUUUCAAUUCACAUGCGUCGAACAUAAGUACACCUGAAAGGGCUCAUUUACCUACAAACAUCACUGCGAAAUACAAAACAGAGGAAUUUCAUGCAGUUGCAAUUUUGCCAAUUCCAGUAGUUUUCCACAAAAAGCGCAAAAUACUCUGCAAGUUCCCUUGAAAUUUUUUUUAAAUAGCAGCAGCAAAAUCAAGCAGUUUUGGCCGCAACAGUUGCAAAAAAAACCUUGCGAGAUCCUGUAUGGACUGAUAUUUAGAUCAGAUACGUCACAACUCUUUGGUUUGGAGCCUGUCUUGUUAAAUGACUGAUUGUGCUAGUCUUUUACACUAAACCAAUUUCAGUGAGUGAGUGGCUCCAGUAAUAGAAAUGGACUGGAAUACCAGGCUGUUACAGAGGUUCCACCGUGCAUAUCUGUAGUAUUUAUAAUAUUUCUCCCUUUGUUACAGUGAAGCUAUAAUUUUCUGCUUUUUUGAAUAAAGAAGAGUCAGACCAAACACACAGAUUGCACCUUGCAGAAAAGUUAUUAAUUCUCUGAAGGGAAAAGGACGUCAAAGUCAUUGUUUCUGGUAGCUGGGAAUUUCACUUUAGGCUGACUUUAUCCAUGAAGAACAAUGACCUGUAAAUUCACAAGCCUCAAUUUAUGAGCCAAUAGUAACCAAGCGGAUGGUAAAAUAGUCCCUCUGGUCAGUAAAAGAAUUUAGGAGCUGUAGAAAAUGUAGGAGCCCGACUUUUGCCUUGUUUAUUUAUUUAUUAUUAUUUUUCUGUUACUUGCCACACGCUUUAAAACAAAGAAAUUAGCUCUCUUAUUUGUGGUAAAAUUAAGUUUUUUCUAGGUCUGCUAGGAUUUUCUUGUUAGUAAUGUUGACACCUCUGCUACUACAGUACAACACUGCAACAGUUUGCACUGAAAAGUUAACAUCCCAUCAUCUUGUUCAACAGAAUUUAGCAUGUUUUAUAAAAUGUAUGUGUGUAAAGUGCAGAAACUGUAUCAAAAUAUACUCAUAGUAGUGCUUUACUGAAUUAUGUAACAUACUUGUUGGGUCACUAUAGUGUUUGAAGGUUUAGGCAUUGAAGACUAGAAGGAGUGGUGACACCACAAUAACUUAAAUGUUCUCAGGUAAUCUGUCUAGUCCUUUUCUUUUUUUUGCAUCACUGUUUUAAAAUUUUACUGAUGUUCUUGACAAGCUGAAGGGAAUCCUGUCAGAAUAUACCUCCUUUAAAUACGCUACAUGAGUGCUACUUAGUGCUAUUGUAAGCUAUUUUGUUAUUAACAUUUCUUUUUAUAUAUUGUUGAUAAUGAGGAUUUCUUAGCUGGACUGAUAGAAACUUUCCAGUUUUGCUAUUCUGGCUUGUACAGUCUUUUUCUACAGUAAUAUUUGCUCACUCUCACUAUUCACUAAUAGGUUCUUACCGGGUUUUUUAUUUUAUUUUUUAUUUUUUAUUUUAAUUGCUAUUUUUUUUUUGUAAAUCUGCUGCUACCUCUCUUCACCUCACAUACCGGCUAUAUCCAAAUAAUAAUUUCAGUGCCAUUUGUUUUGUUAGCAUAUGCUUAGAUUCUUUUCAUCUGAAAGCUUUUGUAUAGAUAGCCGUACAGCAAUUUUUAUUGGUUUGUUUUGGAGCUGAAAUGGUGUGCCUAUUAAAAAGGGAGCAUUAAACUUGGACUCUCUUAAUUGCCAUUAAUUGCCUUUGCACUGUUAUACUGUUAAGAUUUUAUACUCAAGUGCUUGCUGUAGUUUUAACCAUUGUUUCCCAUUUCUGUGCAAAAAGAUUUGGUUAACACAAAAAAUAAAUAAACAGAAGAAUAUUCUGA